AUGCUAAGCUCUUCGAUUAGACGGCGACCCAGCGUGCAUGCCGGCCUGCCAAGAUCGGGCCAAUGGCUAUUCCUCCUCGUGCUGGUGACUUUUGUCUUCUUCGCCGGCCCAGCUGCUGCAUCAAUUGGGGACCAGUUGCCGGAGUUCAGAGAGUGUGUUGAGAUCUGCAAGCAAGAAAAUUGCGGCGCUGACCCCUCGCACCGAACUCCCAUCCCCCUCCAUCGCCGUCUCCUGCUCUGGACCUGUCCAGCCGAGUGCGACUACACCUGCCAGCACAUCAUCACCACCCAGCGGCAAUCCUCGACCCCUCCGCAGCCCAUUGUCCAGUUCCAUGGGAAAUGGCCCUUCUACCGCUUCCUCGGCAUGCAAGAGCCCUUCAGCGUGCUCUUCUCCGUCGGCAACUUCCUGGCCCAUCACCACGGCCUGCACCACUGCGUGCUGGCCCAGAUCCCCCCGUCCUACUCUAUGCGCCCUUUCUACGUCAACCUCGCCCGUGUCAGCAUGGUUGCCUGGUUCUUUAGUGCUGUCUUUCACACUAGAGACUUCCCGCUCACGGAGCAGCUGGACUACUUUGCUGCUGGCGCGAAUGUGUUGUAUGGGAUGUACUACACCGUCGUGCGAGUCUUCCGCUUGGACCGGCCGCGCGCAAGUAGGGUAUUGAGGUUGUGGACGUGGCUCUGUGCGUCGCUAUACAUCGCGCACGUGGCCUACCUGAAAUUCUGGAGAUGGGAUUACACGUAUAACAUGGCAGCGAAUGUGGUCUGCGGCGUCGUGCAGAAUGUACUGUGGAGUUGGUUCAGUUGGAAGAGGUACCGCGCGACAGGUCAGGGCUGGGCAGUAUGGCCCGGUGUCGUCGUCGCCUGGAUCAUGUGUGCCAUGAGCUUAGAGCUACUCGAUUUCCCCCCGCUAUGGGGGAGCAUUGAUGCCCAUAGCCUAUGGCAUCUGGGCACAAUUGCUCCUGCAGUGUUGUUCUACAACUUCCUAGUCAAAGACUCCCAGGAGGACAUCGCCAGCAGCGCGAGGAUCAAGGCUUUCUGA